AGGGGAGCGCUUUUGAAGACGAACACCUUGAUCCUACCCUGGUCACAGCAGUGACUUUAAAAAAGUGGAUGCCAGCUAAGAGGAGCUAAAUGUUUGAAAACAGGAUUAUAAAGAAAAUGUGGAAGCAGCCGUUGUAGGUACCGUUAGGAAAGGAUGUUCUGCGUAAAGAAUGCAAGACUCCAUCCAAGAACAAUAUGGCACUUCACAUCCUAUGGAGUCUUGCCAAUACGGUGCUAUCGCAGACCAGGGGUGCCUCCUGAUAACACGCCUCCCUGGAAAAAAAUUGACUUUAAUUUCAGUAAGGGUGUACAGGGCAUUAAAAAACACUUUGGCCUCCUAAAGAAGGAAAUGUUUGAAAGAUUUGAGGGGCCACAAGGAAGGCCCAUGCGGGAAAUCAUGCUGGAACAGACCCGGGUAGUCUGGGAAUUCCGGAAUCAGGAAAGCCUGGAGCAGUGGGUAGUGUCCUCAGAUGAGGAGAUGGGUGGCAAGAGUAAAAUCUAUCUGAGGCUAAGCCGAAACAACCAGACAGCUCUGCUCUAUGGAAAUAUGUGCACUGAGGUUCCCAAAGAUGGAGAAACUAGGUACAGCGGCUACUGCACGCUGCGUUCUAAGCAGCUACUGGGUGCUUUUAAUGUAAAAACACACCACGACUGGAGUAAUUUUAAUACUCUGUACCUUCGCAUUCGAGGAGAUGGGCGCCCAUGGAUGAUGAACAUUGCAACUGAGACUUACUUUCAGCAUCAGAAGAACGACAUGUACAACUACUUCUUGUACACUCGAGGUGGACCUUAUUGGCAAGAUGUUAAGAUUCCAUUUUCAAAGUUCUUCCUUACAAGUCGCGGAAGAAUUCAAGAUGAUCAGCAUCCACUCUGGCUUGACAAGAUCAACACCCUUGGCUUUACUCUGGGUGACAAGGCAGAUGGGCCAUUUCACCUGGAGAUUGACUGCAUUGGAGUGUGUAACGACCGCGCACACACAGAAGAGUUUGCUUAUGAAAAAUACAAAAAGAAUCCAUAGGUGUUGCCAUCUUCUUUAGAAGGAAAAUAUAGUGACAAGUGUAUUUGACCCAGUCUCAAAGAGCAUAAGAAAUUAUGACAUUCUCUCUUUUUUAUGUAUUGGCAAAAGUGUUGUCAUGUUUAGGUGGAGAAAAAUGGAUGUUUCACUUAUUUAAAAUAAGUGGAAUUUAUACUGAAUAUGUAUAAAUGUGAAGACCAGAACAACACAUACUACAAACAUUGACUACUGUAAGAAAGGAAGAAA